CUGAUUUCCCCGCAGUGACGCGCUCCUAGGCAUUUGCGGUUCCGUUCUAGUCCUCUGAUACAGCGUUGCUGCGUUUCUACUAGGAGUCCAGCUAGCCAUUAUCAAGAAGAAAAGUUUUAGUUUUAGACUGGGUAUUAACCUCUACAUAAAAAAUUAGAAUGAAGGAACCUUUGGAUGGUGAAUGUGGCAAAGCAAUGGCACCGCAGCAGGGGCUUCUGGACAAAAUUAAAGAAGAACCGGAUAAUGUUCAAGAAUAUGGACAUACCCAAAUAUCAAAAACUCAAGAAAGUGAACUGAAAAUUAGUGCUGUGUUUUCAGUCAGUGAGAGUCCUCUUGCCCAGCAGUUGACUCCUGGUUUUCAGUUUUCUGUUGCCUCAUCUGCUCAAAAUAUAUUGGUUCCUUCAGUUCCGGCUGUUGCUAUUCAGGUUUUCUGUACUGGUUGUAAAAAAAUACUUUAUAAGGGACAAACUGCUUAUCAUAAGACAGGAUCCACUGAGCUCUUUUGUUCCACGCGAUGCAUCACUGGAUAUUCCUCACCAGUCUACCUGCCAACUCUUCCCAAGAAAACCUGCACAAACUGCUUGAAAGACAUUUUAAAUCCAAAGGAUGUGAUUGCAACCCGAUUUGAAAAUUCUCCUAGCAAAGAUUUCUGCAGCCAAUCAUGCCUUUCUUCUUAUGAGUUAAAGAAAAAGCCUGUGGUUACCAUAUAUACCCAUAACAUUUCAACUAAGUGCAGUAUGUGUCAGAAGAAUGCUGAUAUUCGAUUUGAAGUUAAAUAUCAAAAUGUGCUACAUGGUCUUUGUAGUGAUGCCUGUUUUUCAAAAUUCCAUUCUGCCAACAACCUUACCAUGAACUGUUGUGAGAACUGUGGGAGCUAUUGCUAUAGUAGCUCUGGUUCUUCCCAGUCCCAGAAGGUUUUUAGUUCAACAAGUGUCACAGCAUAUAAACAGAAUUCAGCCCAAACUCCUCCUUAUGCCUUGGGGAAAUCAUUGAGGCCCUCAGCUGAAAUGAUUGAGACUACAAAUGACUCAGGAAAAACAGAGCUUUUCUGUUCUAUUAAUUGCUUAUCUGCUUACAGAAUUAAGACUGUUACUUCUUCAGGUGUCCAGGUUUCGUGUCAUAGUUGUAAAACCUCUGCAAUCCCUCAGUAUCAUCUAGCCAUGUCUAAUGGAACUAUAUACAGUUUCUGCAGCUCCAGUUGUGUAGUAGCUUUCCAGAAUGUAUUUAGCAAACCAAAAGGAACAAACUCUUCAGUGGUGCCCCUGUCCCAGAGCCAAGUGGUUGUAAGCCCGCCCUCCAGGUCUGUAGUGUCAGAAGGAGGAAGUAACACCUCUGCCGUUUCCCCCAGCAACAUCAGUGGCUCUGCUGCAGCCAGUGUCCAGCCUGUUGCUGCCCACCCCCAGGAAGUUGCUUUGAACCCUGCAGUUGUUAGACUCACGUGUCAGCAUUGUUACUGUCUGUUUACCACAAAACCGGAACUUCUUUUCUACAAGGGAAAAAUGUUUUUGUUUUGUGGCAAGAUUUGUUCUGAUGACUACAAAAAGAAAAAUAAAGUCAUGGCAAUGUGUGACUACUGCAAACUGCAGAAAAUUAUAAAGGAGACCGUACGAUUCUCAGGGGUCGAUAAGCCAUUCUGUAGUGAAGUUUGCAAGUUCCUCUCUGCCCGUGAUUUUGGAGAACGUUGGGGAAACUACUGUAAGAUGUGUAGUUAUUGUUGUCAGACAUCCCCUAAUUUGGUAGAAAAUCGAUUGGAGGGCAAGUUAGAAGAGUUUUGUUGUGAAGAUUGCAUGUCCAAAUUUACAGUUCUGUUUUAUCAGAUGGCCAAGUGUGAUGGUUGUAAACGACAGGGUAAACUAAGUGAAUCCAUAAAAUGGCGAGGAAACAUCAAACACUUCUGUAACCUACUUUGUGUCUUGGAAUUUUGUCAUCGGCAAAUUACAAAUGACCCUCUUUCACAAAGAAAAGUAAUUAUUUCUAAGCCAAAAAUUGCUCCAGUGGAACUCUCUUCUGCAACGACAAACACAACACCAGUUAUAAUCAAUGUGGUGUCAUUGGCAAAAAUAUCUCCUGCCCAGUCCACAGGGAAUACUAACAGUGUUUUAGAAGGUGCGGUUACUAAAGAGGUGACAGAGAUCAUUGAAGAUGAAAUUACACAGACAGAUGCCAUGAAACUUACAUCUUCCCAGUCUUCCAGAUUUUUAAAGAACAAAGCAGUAUUGUGCAAGCCGGUCACACAGACCAAGGCUACCUCAUGCAAACCACAUACACAGCACAAGGAAUGUCAGACAGAUUUGCCCAUGCCUAAUGAGAAAAAUGAUGUGGAACUUGACUCCCCACCUGCAAAGAAAAAAAGAAUGGGUUUUUUUCAAACUUAUGAUGUGGAAUAUUUAAAAGUUGGUUUUACUAUCUGCCCAGGAUCAAAAGACAGUUCACCAAAACCACAGUGUGUCAUUUGUGGAGAAAUCUUAUCCAGUGAAAACAUGAAGCCAGCAAAUCUUUCUCAUCAUUUGAAGACAAAACAUUCAGAAUUAGAAAACAAACCAGUGGAUUUUUUUGAACAAAAAUUUCUUGAAAUGGAAUGUCAAAACAGUUCUUUAAAAAGGUGUUUACUAGUUGAAAAGUCCCUUGUGAAAGCUUCUUAUUUAAUUGCUUUUCAAAUUGCUGCCAGCAAGAAGCCAUUCUCCAUUGCUGAAGAGUUAAUUAAACCCUAUUUAGUAGAAAUGUGUUCAGAAGUUUUGGGUUCAAGUGCUGGAGACAAAAUGAAAACUAUUCCUCUAUCUAAUAAUACAAUUGGACACAGGAUUGAUGAACUGUCUGCAGAUAUUGAAGAUCAGCUAAUUCAAAAAGUCAGAGAGUCAAAGUGGUUUGCCCUUCAGAUAGAUGAAUCAUCAGAAAUCUCCAAUACCACCCUUCUUUUGUGCUAUAUUCGUUUCAUUGAUUAUGAGUGUAGUGAGGUAAAAGAAGAAUUACUGUGUUGCAUUGAAAUGCCUUCUCAAAUAACUGGUUUUGAAAUAUUUGAGCUAAUAAAUAAAUAUAUUACUAGUAAAUCUUUGAAUUGGAAACAUUGUGUCGGUCUCUGCACAGAUGGGGCUGCAAGUAUGAUUGGCAGAUGUUCUGGUUUAAGGACAAAAAUUCAAGAAGUUACCAUAAAUACAGUGGCAUUUACACAUUGUAUUAUUCACCGUGAACAUUUAGCAGCAGAAAAGAUGUCUCCAUACUUACAUGAAAUUCUUUUGCAGUCUGCACAAAUUUUAAGUUUUAUAAAGAGCAAUGCACUAAAUUCACGUAUGUUAACAAUUCUGUGUGAAAAGAUGGGGUCUGAGCUUGUGAAUCUACCUCUUUAUGCUGAAGUACGCUGGAUGUUGAAAGGGAAUAUUUUAACAAGAUUAUUUGAAUUACGACAUGAAAUUGAAAUUUUUUUAAAUCAAAAGUGUUCAGAUUUGGCCAAGUAUUUUCUUGAUGAGGAAUGGAUUGCAAAGCUGGCCUACUUAUCAGAUAUUUUUUCACUUAUAAAUGAAUUAAAUUUAAGUCUCCAAGGAACUAUGACUACUCUCUUCAGUUUGUACAACAAAAUUGAUGUAUUUAAGAAAAAGUUAAAGAUGUGGUUGAAGCGCACACAAGAGAAUGAUUAUGACAUGUUUCCUUCAUUUUCUGAAUUCUCCAACUCAUCAGACUUAAAUAUGAGACACAUUGCAAACAUUAUUGUUGAGCACCUGGAAGGACUGUUCCAAAUAUUCAAUGACUGCUAUCCACCGGAAGAAGAUUUGCGUUCAGGAAAUUUGUGGAUAAUUAAUCCUUUCACAAACCACCAAAAUAGUAAUCUCACAGACUUUGAAGAAGAAAAACUAGCAAAAUUAUCUUCAGAUUUAGGAUUACAGUCAGCAUUUAAAUCAAUGUCUGUAACUCAGUUUUGGAUAAAUGCAAAGACAAGUUACCCAGAACUCCAUGAAAAGGCAAUGAAAUUGUUAUUGCCCUUUUCAACUGUCUAUUUAUGUGAUGCUACGUUUUCAGCUUUGACUGAGUCAAAACAAAGAAAUUUGUUAGUUUCUGGCCCUGCCCUAAGACUUGCAGUCACAUCUUUAAUUCCAAGAAUAGAAAAAUUAGUAAAGGAGAAAGAAUAGCGAAACAUACAUAUUGCUUAUUAUCAAAGUCUAUAAUUUUGUGUUAAAUUUUGUAUAAGUAUCCUAAAAUAUAAUUUCCUAAUGUAGAUAUGUGUUUGCAGUGAUUAAAUAACUGUUUUAAUAAUAUUUUGUUGAGGAAUUCAAUAUUUAUGUAUUGUAUGUCAUUUUAACAGUCCAGAGUGAAGAAUUUUACCAAUGGAUCAAAUAGUUUGUAUUAGUGGCAAAAAAUAAUUAAAGGCUCUAUUUAUAAUAUAAAAGCAUAACUGGAUUUUGAAACAGCCUGGCCUCUAGUUGCACAAGGAAGUUUUUAAUCUUAGCCAGUCAGCCACCACUCCAAGACACUGUGGGAAGGUAGAAAGCAAAGAU